AUGAGUCUGGAGGAGGCGUUUCGCGUGUACACGAAGGGGGCGGCGGAAAUGGACGGAAGGACCUUCGGGAAAAUGCUGAAGGACUGUGGGGUGCUGAGCAGCAGCAAAAUGACAGCAGUGGAUGCAGAUUUGAUUUUUGCAAAAGUCAAAGACAAAGGCAGCAAAAAGAUUUCUUUUCUCCAGUUCCAAGAGGCCCUCAAACUCGUCGCCGCCAAAAAGGGAAUGGACCUCCAAACUCUCCAGCAGAAGCUCGCCGCAGAGGGCAGCGAAGGGCCGAUCCUGACGGGGACGAAGGCGGACAACGUGCGCUUCCACGACGACAAGAGUACGUACACCGGAGUGCACAAAAUGGGGGGCCCCACGACGGUGGACGACGGGAGAGUUCAGUUUAAUGAUUUGUCGAAGUUUUGCGACAGAUCAGAAUACGACAUUCGGGGAGUCAAGAAGGGCAUUAUCGAGAACAAAACGGGAGACAGCAAGUAG